AUGUCCGAGAAGGAAACCUACCACGGGGAAGCUCCCAGAGCACUUGUGGAGUCUCCCAAUGCGCCUGCAUCAGCCUACACAACCGCUCGAACAUCGGCAGACACAGUCGCAGACCCAGAAGUACAGAGAGAAAAUGCGCGACACAACAAUCCCAAUGGCUUCACGCGUACAGAAAGCGGUGUCGAUGUCAAGAGCGCCGAGGCCGAAUUCGCAACCCUGCAGAGGGAGCUGACAGGCAUAAGUCAGACAAGUCGACACCUUUCGAGAACCCAUUCGAGACAAUCGCAAGCUUCCAAGACAAAGGGCAGUGGCGAUGUGGAGAAGGUAGCUACUUCAGAGUCCAACUCCGAAGGAGAGCAAUUCGAUCUCGAGGGCACCCUUCGAGGCAAUCAGAAUGCCGAGAGGGAUGCUGGAAUUCGGUCCAAGCAUAUUGGUGUCAUCUGGGAUGGCCUCACCGUGACUGGAGCUGGAGGGGUUACGAACUUUGUAAAGACAUUUCCCGAUGCUUUUGUCAGCUUCUUCAACGUUAUUGAGACCGGCAUGAAUAUAUUUGGUAUUGGGAAGAAGGGGCGGGAUGUCAAGAUCUUGGAUGAUUUCCGAGGUGUUGUAACGCCGGGAGAAAUGGUGUUGGUACUUGGACGGCCUGGAUCUGGCUGCACAACCUUCCUCAAGGUGAUCGCGAACCAGCGUUUUGGAUACACCGGCGUGGACGGCGAGGUUUUAUACGGUCCUUUCGAUGCAAAGACUUUUGCGAAGCAGUACCGUGGUGAAGCUGUUUAUAACCAAGAAGAUGACGUUCAUCACCCUACUCUUACUGUUGGGCAGACUCUGGGCUUUGCACUGGAUACCAAGACCCCAGGAAAACGACCAGACGGCCUCUCCAAGGCAGCCUUCAAAGACAAGGUCAUUACUACUUUUCUUCGAAUGUUCAAUAUUGAGCAUACGAGGAACACAAUCGUAGGUAACCAAUUCGUCCGAGGUGUUAGUGGAGGAGAGCGAAAGCGUGUCUCCAUCGCAGAGAUGAUGGUUACAUCUGCAACAGUUUGUGCUUGGGAUAACUCAACUCGUGGUUUGGAUGCCUCAACCGCACUAGAUUACGCCAAGUCUCUCCGUGUCAUGACCAACAUCUACAAGACAACCACUUUCGUUUCAUUGUACCAAGCCAGUGAGAACAUCUACAAGCAAUUCGACAAAGUCUUGGUCAUCGAUGAUGGACGAGAAGUUUACUUUGGCCCGGCCAAGGAAGCAAGAAGCUACUUCGAAGGUCUCGGAUUCAAAGAGAAACCGCGUCAAACGUCCCCUGAUUUCCUCACCGGUUGCACCGACGAGUUCGAGCGCGAGUAUGCCGAUGGUCGAACAUCGGAGAACGCUCCUCACAGUCCUGAAACUCUUGCCAAGGCGUUCAACGACUCGAAAUACGCCAAGCUGCUUGACGACGAGAUGGUUCAGUACCGAAAAACCCUUGCUGAGGACAAGCAGAGGCAGGAAGAUUUCCAGGUUGCUGUUCAUGAUAGUAAGCGUAGAGGUGCCUCGAAGAAAUCUGUUUACAGUAUUCCUUUCUUCCUUCAGGUCUGGACUCUUAUGCAGAGACAGUAUUUGAUCAAGUGGCAGGACAAGUUCUCGUUGGUUGUUAGCUGGAUUACGAGCAUUGUCGUUGCCAUAGUACUUGGUACUGUCUGGUUGAAUCUUCCGAAAACAUCAGCGGGAGCCUUUACCCGUGGCGGCCUUUUGUUCAUCAGUCUGUUGUUCAACGCCUUCCAAGCUUUCUCGGAACUCGCAAGUACUAUGAUUGGCCGUCCCAUUGUCAAUAAACACAAAGCCUACACUUUCCAUCGGCCCUCAGCUCUCUGGAUAGCACAGAUAUUGGUCGACGUGGCCUUCUCCGCUAUUCAGAUCUUCGUCUUCUCGGUUAUCGUCUACUUUAUGUGCGGUUUGGUCCGUGAUGCUGGGGCAUUUUUUACCUUCUACCUCGUGAUUGUCAGCGGCUAUUUGGCCAUGACGCUCUUCUUCAGAACGGUCGGUUGCGUGUGCCCGGAUUUCGACUACGCCAUUAAAUUCGCCGCUACAAUCAUUACCUUCUUCGUUAUCACGUCUGGAUAUCUGAUUCAGUACCAGUCAGAGAAGGUCUGGUUGAGGUGGAUCUACUGGAUCAACGCUUUAGGAUUGGGCUUCGCGGCACUCAUGGAGAACGAAUUCAGUCGAAUUGACUUGACGUGCACCAGCGAAUCAUUAGUUCCUUCAGGACCUGGAUACAACAACAUCUCCCACCAGGUAUGUACUCUACCUGGCAGUGUAUCUGGAACAAACACAGUCUCCGGAUCCGCAUACAUUACACAAGGAUUCGCUUAUCCCCCAAGUGAGUUGUGGCGAAACUGGGGAAUCAUCUUGGUUCUAAUUGUGGGCUUCCUCUUUUCCAAUGCCAUGUUGGGAGAAUGGAUAACUUUCGGUGCCGGUGGAAAUACAGCCAAGGUUUUCCAAAAACCAAAUAAAGAGCGCGAAGAGCUCAACGCUGCUCUUGUUGCUAGGCGGGAUGCUCGCAGGUCUUCCAAGAACGAGGCGGAGGGUUCUGAGCUUAAUAUUAACUCGAAGGCUAUCCUUACUUGGGAAGGUUUGAACUACGAUGUCCCCACUCCAGCUGGACAACUGCGCUUGCUUAAUAACAUUUACGGAUACGUUCAGCCAGGCGAGCUUACCGCACUUAUGGGAGCGAGUGGUGCAGGAAAGACCACAUUGCUAGAUGUGUUGGCCUCCAGGAAGAAUAUUGGAGUCAUUUCCGGUGACGUUCUAGUUGAUGGUAUCAAGCCAGGAACCUCCUUCCAGCGUGGAACAUCCUAUGCCGAGCAACUCGACGUCCACGAGCCCACCCAGACCGUCCGUGAAGCACUUCGAUUCUCAGCCGAUCUCCGUCAACCUAUUGAGGUUCCUCAAGCUGAAAAAUACGCCUAUGUCGAAGAGGUUCUUAGUCUGCUGGAGAUGGAAGAUAUGGCUGAUGCUAUUAUCGGAGAUCCGGAAUCGGGACUGGCUGUCGAGCAACGGAAGCGUGUCACUAUCGGUGUUGAACUUGCGGCCAAGCCUGAGCUUCUGCUUUUCUUGGAUGAGCCUACGUCUGGUCUUGAUUCCCAAUCAGCUUUCAACAUCGUACGAUUCCUGAAGAAGCUCGCAAAUGCCGGACAAGCUAUCCUUUGUACCAUCCAUCAACCCAACGCUGCCUUGUUCGAGAACUUCGACCGACUGCUCUUGCUCCAGAAGGGUGGGCAAACUGUUUACUUUGGCGAUAUCGGAAAAGAUGCUGUUGUCUUAUUGGACUAUCUUAGCAGACAUGGAGCCCACUGCCCGCACGAUGCCAACCCAGCCGAGUACAUGCUUGACGCAAUAGGAGCAGGACAGGCUGCCAGAGUUGGUGAUCGAGACUGGGGUGAGAUAUUCGCCGAGUCACCGGAAUUGGCGAACAUCAAGGAUCGUAUUUCGCAGAUGAAGGCCAAAAGACUCGAGGAAGUGGGCAGCCAUGCGAAAGUUGACGAAAAAGAAUUCGCCACACCGCUUCUGCACCAAUUAAAGACUGUCCAGAAGCGUACCAACUUGUCAUUCUGGAGAUCUCCCAACUACGGUUUCACACGACUCUUCAACCACGUUAUCAUUUCCAUCAUCACUGGCCUUGCCUACCUCCACCUAGAUGACUCUCGAUCCUCCCUGCAAUUCAGAGUCUUCGUCAUCUUCCAAGUCACCGUCCUCCCGGCCCUAAUCCUUGCCCAGGUCGAGCCCAAAUACGCCAUCUCUCGCAUGAUCUUCUACCGCGAAGCUUCCUCCAAAAUGUACGGCCAAUUCGCAUUCGCCUCUUCCCUCGUCGUAGCCGAAAUGCCUUAUUCAAUCCUCUGCGCCGUCGGAUUUUUCCUGCCGCUCUACUACAUGCCUGGCUUCCAGCACGCCUCCUCUCGCGCGGGCUACCAAUUUCUCAUGAUCCUCAUCACCGAGCUCUUUUCCGUCACCCUCGGCCAAAUGGUCGCUGCUAUUACUCCCUCGCCCUUCAUCUCGGCCCUCCUGAACCCCUUCAUAAUCAUCACAUUCGCACUCUUCUGCGGCGUCACGAUCCCGAAAGCGCAAAUCCCCAAAUUCUGGCGCGCAUGGCUAUACGAACUCGAUCCCUUCACGCGCCUCAUUGGCGGUAUGGUCGUCACGGAACUCCACGACCGUCCCGUCAUUUGCACAUCCGGCGAGCGCAACCACUUCUCUUCGCCAUCCGAUCAAAACUGCGGCGAUUACAUGAAGCCCUUCUUUAGAGAUGGUGGGGCCGGGUAUAUCAUCGAUAAUGCGACACAGGCAUGUGAGUAUUGCGCGUAUAAGAUUGGCGACCAGUUUUAUACGGGCCUGGACUUGAACUUUGAUAACCGCUGGAGAGAUCUGGGGAUUUUCUUGGCGUUUGUCGGGAGUAAUUUGAUCUUGUUGUUUUUGGGUUCGAGAUACCUGAACUUUAACCGCAGAUAG